AUGGUAGGGAGCAUCAAGAGAAGAACAGAGGAACUGAAGCGGGUAUUCACAUGGCUUGGUCUGGAUGUGAGGACUUACACAAACCUGACGUCUGGGGAGAUUACAGAUCUCAUGCAAACUUGGCAGCGUUUGCAAGAUCACAAAGACAGGAACUGUUUUAAAUGUUGUAUUCUAUCUCAUGGAAAGUCAGGAGCAAUCUGUGGGACAGAUGAGAAACCUGUAUCAAUCUGCAUGAUUAUGUCCCACUUCACUGCCACAUAAUGUCAGCUGGCUGGAAAACCCAAAGUCUUCUUUAUCCAAGCGUGCCAGGGUAAAAAGAUACAGCGUCCUGAAGUUGAUGUACAAAUUCCUGAAUUCUAUUCCAUGCAACAGAGCUUUUCUCUUUCUGAAAGUAUUCCCAAAGUUGCUAAUUUCCUCCUAGUCAUGGCCACAGUUGAUGAAUGUGUCUCUUUCCAUGACAUUCCACAGGUUACUUGGUAUAUUCAGGCCCUCUGCAGCAAGCUACAGUUGUUGGUACCAAGGGUAAAGAUAUUUUGUCAAUUCUUACAGAAGUUAGUUGGGAUGUGGCCAGUCGUGUUAACUACAUGGGGUCAAAGCAGAUACUCCAAACAGCAUGUACCUUUAGAAGAUUUACAUUUCCAAUACCUAGGGACCCGCCUCCUUCAGAGCAAUAUCAGGGCUUUCAAAACACAUCAUUUUAUCAUCUUAUUUAAAUGCAGUUCAUCACACUGCCUAUUUUAAGACUGUUACCCAAAACCCUGUGGAUCUGUUAGCUUCAAGGCAACACCUUAUAAAUUUUUUGUCAAAUGAAUUGUGAAACUAGGGGAGACACUAUUAAUGCAUGUGCCAGCUAUUUACAUCAUCUGUAUUUUCAGAGUUAUCAGGGUUGGGAGAAACAUGCUUCUGUGAUGUUAAAAAUUUUUGUACCUGCACAGGCUUCAGACAGAAAAGGAUUUUUUUGGCAGCAUAGGGGAUGCAUGUAACCUUCCAUGUCUAAACCAGGACUGUUAAUGGUCUGGUUUAGGCUCAUCAUAUUUUAUUUUGCAGGCUAACAAUUUUAAAUCCUUGUAUUGGGU